UUCUGAGACCCCACAGCUCUCGAUUCUCUUCUGCACGGAAUACCCUUAUUUCCAUACCAAUGGCUUCUUCUUCUUCAACUUCAAUGACUUUGAUGAUAUCUCUUCUUCUUGGCUCUUUCAUGGCUGCCACAGCGAACUUCUACCAAAAUUUUGAUAUCACAUGGGGCGACGGCCGUGCUAAGAUACUCAACAACGGCGAGCUUCUUUCUCUCUCACUUGACAAAGCCUCUGGCUCUGGCUUUCAAUCCAGGAAUGAGUAUUUGUUCGGAAAAAUCGAUAUGCAGCUCAAGCUUGUCCCCGGAAACUCAGCCGGCACUGUCACCGCCUAUUACUUGUCCUCGCAGGGAUCAGCUCAUGAUGAGAUAGACUUUGAGUUCUUGGGAAACUUGAGUGGCGAACCAUACCUUCUUCACACCAAUGUGUUCAGCCAAGGCAAAGGCGAUAGAGAGCAGCAAUUCUACCUAUGGUUUGAUCCCACUGCUGAUUUCCACACCUAUUCCAUCCUCUGGAAUCCACAACGCAUUAUAUUUUCUGUGGAUGGGACACCAAUUAGGGAAUUCAAGAAUGCCGAAUCAGAGGGUGUUGCAUACCCCAAAAACCAAGCAAUGAGGAUAUACUCCAGCUUAUGGAAUGCUGAUGACUGGGCCACACAGGGUGGUCGAGUCAAGACAGACUGGACCAAAACUCCUUUCACUGCCUCUUACAGAAACUUCAAUGCCAAUGCCUGUGUAUGGUCUUCUGGUUCAUCUUCUUGCAGUUCAAGCUCUUCAUCAUCAUCUUCAACCUCUGGCAAUAAUUCAUGGUUAAAUGAAGAGUUGGAUUCCACAAGCCAAGAAAGGCUUAAAUGGGUUCAGAAGAACUAUAUGGUUUAUAACUACUGCUCUGAUUCAAAGCGCUUCCCUCAAGGCUUCCCUCCCGAAUGUGCUCUCAACAACUCAACAUAG